CGUAGGUUAUGUUCUUGUUUACCUACUGCAUCACCACAAUCAAACGAGUUUCUUUCAAAGUGUUUUAUCAAUUAAUUUUCAAAUGAAUUUUUUCAUAAUUCUGUGAUCUUCUACAAACACCAUGGAUCUAACCCUAGUCUUGUCGCUUGUAUCUGCUGCCGUAGUUGCUGUGCUCCUCGGAAUUGUACUCCUCAGAGCUGGUAAGAAGAAAGAAAAGCAACAAGUGGCCCCAGAAGCUCGAAAUGCACCAAGACCUGUCGGACCAAGAGGAAGGAGGAGGCUAGUCCAGCAUCGUGCUCAACUUGAAGCAGUUGAAGGAGGCGGAAGCGAGGAUGAAGAAGAGGCCCAAGCGCGGCCUGCCGUAAAAAUUGAAGUCCCAGAAGGGGCCAAGAUAGGAGCCAAAAAGAUGGCCAAACUUCAGGCGAAACAGGAACGCCGCAUUCAGAGAGAGGCUGAAGAAAGAGAUCGAGAAGAGAAGAAAAAACUGGCAGAAGCAGCAGAGGAAGAAAGGAAAAAGCAGAAGGAAGCUGAGGAAGAGCUGGAGAAGCAAAGGGAAGAGGAGGAAAGAAAAAUGCGUGAAGAAAGGGAAAGGAGAGAGCAGGAGGAAUACGAAGCAAUGAAAGCUACAUUCGUAAUCGAGCAGGAAGGAUUCGAUGAAGGAGUUGAUGAGAAAGCAGAGGAGAAUUUGUUGCAAGAAUUCAUAGCUUAUAUUAAGAACAAUAAAGUGGUGGUUUUAGAAGACUUGGCUGCACAUUUUAAAUUGAAAACUCAAAAUGUAAUUGACAGAAUUGAUGAUCUGCAGAAAGCAGGGACUCUCACAGGUGUAGUAGAUGACCGGGGAAAAUUCAUUUAUAUUUCUCAAGAGGAGCUUGAAGAAGUUGCAAAGUUUAUCAGAAGAAGAGGACGCGUCUCGAUUGCAGAGCUGGUCGAGAACAGUAAUUCUUUCAUUAAUUUGACUCCUGUUUCCAACGACACACCUGUUUCCUAAGUCUACCUCGUGUACAGUCUCUGUUUGUGUUUGUAAAUUUUCUUAUUUUUCCACUGUUAUUUUUAAGUUUUGUUAAAAUAAAGUCAGAUUUUAUUUUAAUUCA